AUGUGGGGCCCGAUGUGGCAGCAGUUUGCAACAUUAGGCUUGUGUUGUGCAAUCUCUUGCCCCGAGGCUCCAGGCCCGGGAUUGCGAGCCAAGAAUCUUUGUGUCCAUGAUAUUCUGCAAGAAGCUUUGGACGAGCGACCGCUUGGAGGUGCAGAGCAAGCCUUCAAGGCAAGGCAGAGUUUGGAGCGCGGACCUUUGCGCUUUACGCGGCGAGGGGGCCCGCUAAAACAGCUGGAGCUGUAUCCAAGCCACCGGCCGUGGACAGCCUCUUGUGCAGGGUUGCCGCUUGGUGCCCUGGGCGAGCCUGCUUGCAUCCAAUCCCCUGGCUCAAGAACAGCGCCCCACUAG